UUAACUGAUAGAGUUGUUUAUCUCUAAUAAACUGAAGGCAGUUCAGAGUGAAGAAGAGACUUUAGGCAAACUCUGAGGAUCCAGGGUUUCUCCAUGCUGUGAUCUGUCAUCCUUGGCUUUCCUCCAGCUGUCCUACAAUUUGUAGUCACAGGGAUCCGCUGCCCUUCCAGACCUCAGUUCUGCAUUGCAGGCAGAAAGGGGAAGGGGAAGCAAUAAAGACAACAGUUUGACUCGUUGUCCAAAAGCAUAACACACAGUCACCUAGGAGUGAGCAGUGCAGACGAGCCCACUGGUGUAUAUAGGUGAUAUUAGCAAGGAGGAAAACUAAAGUAAUAUAGGAAGAAAGCUGUGACCUGUAAAGCCAAAGCUGGCUUACUACCUGUUUUUAUAAAUAAAGUUUUAUUAAAUGCAGCUGUGCCCAUUUGUUUACAAUACUAAAAUAUCAAUGUUGAGUCAUGUAAAGAAACUAUCUCGUAUCCAGAGUUUAAAAUGUUUGCUCUCUGAUCCUUUACAGAAAAACCUGCAAAUCCUCCUGGAGCAGAUAAGGUGUAGAGGCUGACAAAGUAUCAGCAAAAGACAGACUUCUCCCCAGGCCCAGAAAACCCUUAUAAAGAACCCCUAUACCUUAUGCCCAACUUUAAAGCUGGUUUAUGCGAGACGAUGCGCAGAAUCCAGACUUGUGGCAAUUUGACUUGGGAGCUGACUCAAGCAGUGGGGACCAUGCCGAGGUGGAGCUUUGCAGACAGAUAGUUCAUCUAGAGGAUGCCAAGACACGUGAACUAAUGCGUGACAUCCGUUGGCCCAUUGGUAUGUGUCCUUCCCCCAAAGCUGUGAUUAAAGGCAGUCUGCCCCGUUGUGUAAUGCACAUGCUGAGAAUUCACACUCACACCCUCACGCUUGCAGAGAAAGCACCCUUACCCCCUGAGCCACCUUCCUAACAUAGUGAGACAGGUUCUCACUAUGUAGCCCAGGCUGGCCUGAGACUCACUAUGUAACCCAGGCUGGCUUAAAACUAACCAUCCUAUCUGAACCUCCCUACACUGGCAUGAUAGCCAUGGCCCACCUGCCCUCUAUCUUCACACUUUAAUUUCCAGGUUGAGCUCACUGACUUUGCACUCACCAAGAAUGAAACAGUCACAGUGUCAACUGGCCUGAAUGCACAUCAAACUGCAGCUUCAGGGAAUAAUCCCAAAACAGACCAGUUUCUCUUGAAGACCAAUGCCAGCUUGCUUGAGUCAGAAUAUUACAUACACAAACACACACAAAUACACACACACACACACACACACACACACACAAAGGCAAAUGGUUGUUAGCAAUUUCUUCCUAUUGUUCAAUCUCCUGUUGUCAUGCUUGGAUGUGAGCUCCUGAGAAAGGACAGUGACAGGACACUAAUGAGCAGUGAAAGAGCCCCCUCAGUCUCCUGGUUUGGUCUCUCCCUGGCUAACACACAGGAAUUUCAACAUGAUUCUCUAGGCCACCUGUAAUAAACACCUUUCUGGAUGCUCCAAAUGAAAUUGGUAAGACGGCGGAUGAAUUACGCCUGGAGUCCAACUUCCGUGAGACCUGAACACAAGAAGUCCUUGAGCAGUGUUAUCUGUGAGGGCUCCCUCUUCCAGCCGCAGGCCUGACAGAGUACCUUAAAAGCCUCUCCUGAGGACUGCAACUACAGAAGAAUUCUGUAGAUAAGACAGUGUUCUCAAAAGCCUUUGGAUACCUUUGCUUAGCUACAUCACAUUCAGCCCUUGGUCAAGCACACAUGGGGUGCUCCCUCCUUCAUGUACUCUGAGGUGGGCAACCAGUGUCACUCCUUUCCUAGUGGAGAGUGGAGCUGUCCAUUAAAACCAGCAAAUCUAUAGUUAAAUGUGUUUCAAUUUUAUAUUUUAACAAAUAGUACUGAUUCCCACACCCUUUUCCCUUGCUGUGCUGGGAAUUGUACCGGGGACAUUGUGCAUGUCAGGCAAGCACUCUAACACAACCCUUUAUCUGUCUCUCGGUAUGCUUGUCCAAGCCUACUUUUUUGAGACAAAUCUCACUAAGUUGCCCAGGCUGGCCUUGAAUUUACUCUAGCCCAGACAGGCCUUGAACUUUUGACCCUCCUACCUCAAUUGGGAUUACAGCCCUUUACCACCAGGCCCUACUAAUAAAACAGUAAUUGAAAUACUCUAAACCCGACAUCUUUAUAGCCAACCACACAAGCAAUAAGUCUGGAACCAUUUCCACAAUAAAACCAGCUCCGCCUAGGGCAAACUUGCCUGCCCAACAAUGGUGCUAGGGAGAAACGAGAGAAAAGUCAGUCCUGCCAGAUGCCCUGGUGUAAAAGACCCCACUCAAGCCUGGUCCCCAGGGUACCCUUGUCAGGGAGUGGCUGCAUUCGGAGUUUCUCCCAACCACACCCUUCUGGAAGCACCAGCUUGGAUCGUAGGGCCAAGGAUGCAUCCUGAUAAAGGGGCCAAGGAUGCAUCUUGAUCAAGGGACGUGCCAGCAACGGUAACAGAAUGGAGGAGUCCCAGGAUGGCAGGGGCGGAAGGCAGGAGAUGGUGUUGGCCUUAGAUAAAGCAAAGGGGCCUUCUGGAUGGGCUCCCGGGGUAAUCGCCCCACCUCGCCCAGAGCCGGACGUGGCACGCGCUGGGGACAGCGAGCAGGAAGUCGUACCGGGGGCGCGGCUUGGGCAGCGUUGCAAGUGCAGCGGAGGGCCGUGCAGCAGGUGUACCUGAGGGCACCGCCGGGUGUGAACACCAGGUCUCUGCCUCAGCCAGGACGCUAGAGCCCAGGCGGGUGAACGGACGGUACGUUCUGGAAGGGGUAGGGUCCCUCUGAAGCGGUCCAGGAUCCUGCGCAUGGCGCUGACUGGAGCCUCUGCUGUCUCUGAGGAGGCAGACAGCGAGAACAAGCCAUUUCUGCUACGGGCUCUGCAGAUCGCGCUGGUGGUUUCUCUCUACUGGGUCACCUCCAUCUCCAUGGUAUUCCUCAACAAGUACCUGCUGGACAGCCCCUCCCUGCAGCUGGAUACCCCCAUCUUCGUCACCUUCUACCAAUGCCUGGUGACCUCACUGCUGUGCAAGGGCCUCAGCACUCUGGCCACCUGCUGCCCUGGCAUGGUAGACUUCCCCACCCUAAACCUGGACCUCAAGGUGGCCCGAAGUGUGCUGCCGCUGUCCGUGGUCUUUAUCGGCAUGAUAACCUUCAAUAACCUCUGCCUCAAGUACGUGGGGGUGGCCUUCUACAACGUGGGACGCUCGCUCACUACCGUGUUCAAUGUGCUUCUCUCCUACCUGCUGCUUAAACAGACCACUUCCUUUUAUGCCCUGCUCACCUGUGCCAUCAUCAUUGGUGGUUUCUGGCUGGGAAUAGAUCAAGAGGGAGCUGAGGGCACCCUGUCCCUGACGGGCACCAUCUUCGGGGUGCUGGCCAGCCUCUGUGUCUCACUCAAUGCCAUCUACACCAAGAAGGUGCUCCCUGCCGUAGACCACAGUAUCUGGCGCCUAACCUUCUAUAACAACGUCAACGCCUGUGUGCUCUUCUUGCCCCUGAUGGUAGUGCUGGGCGAGCUCCAUGCUCUCCUGGCCUUCGCUCAUCUGAACAGCGCCCACUUCUGGGUCAUGAUGACGCUGGGUGGACUCUUCGGCUUUGCCAUUGGCUAUGUGACAGGACUGCAGAUCAAAUUCACCAGUCCCCUGACCCAUAAUGUGUCGGGCACAGCCAAGGCCUGUGCACAGACAGUGCUGGCUGUGCUCUACUAUGAAGAGAUUAAGAGCUUCCUGUGGUGGACAAGCAACUUGAUGGUGCUGGGUGGCUCCUCUGCCUACACCUGGGUCAGGGGCUGGGAGAUGCAGAAGACCCAGGAGGACCCCAGCUCCAAAGAGGGUGAGAAGAGUGCUAUCGGGGUGUGAGCUCCUUCAAGGACCCAGGGCUGAGCUCAGGUGGGGCCUACCCAGCACUGCAGGCUUCCCACAGAGCCAACUGGGUAUGGCCCUGAGCAACAUUGUUUACAUCCUCCUCAGAGUAUGAUCUAAGAGGAGCCAGGUUCUUUCCUGGUAAUGUCUGAAAGCUGCCAAAUCUCUUAUCUGCCCCCAUCUUCUUGUCUUGGGAAAGCCCUACUGGGAGUGGCACCCUUCCUGCCUUCUCCUGGGGCCUGACUACCUCCAUAUCGCCUCUGGGGUUGGGUCCAGCUGCAGUCUUUGGGGACGGGACUGAUGAAGUGAUGUCUUACUUUCUACACAAGGGAGAUGGGUUGUGACCCUACUAUAACUAGUUGAAGGGAGCUGGGUGACCCCCCACAUCUCUGCGGCCCUGGGCAGGUAGCAUAAUAGGUCAGGUGCUAUUAACAUCAGUAACACUCCAGACUAGCUUUGGAGGCCCUUGGGAGCUGAACCAAGCAAGAGAGGAAAUGGCCAUUCUGCUCUCUUCUGUGUGGAUGGGUAUGACAGGCCAACUGUCCAUGGGAACUGCACCCAGGGUGGCUGAGAAAACACUCACCUUUGUACUCUAUAUUUGCAGCUUUAAACAGAGGGAGCCACGAGUUUUACACAUUAAGUAGAGAGAUGAAUGCCUCCACAGCCCCUAACCCCAGCUUUUCCUGCCUGACUUCUCUUGGUCCAGAGGGGUCACCAUCCUGUUCUCCAACACCUGGCCCAGCUACAUGGCUGUCCCCUCUUUCUGUACUCCCUUUUUCCCCAUCAGCCUACCCCAAUGCCUCUAUCUGCAGGCAGGAAGAGGGGUCCACUCAUAGCCUCUGUUCCCAUGUGCUUGGACCCCCGAGCCCUUCGUGACGUAAGAGACACUUACCUUCUCUGAGGCUGGAGCUGAAAGGGCCCACUGAUUCUCUGAGUUAGCCCAUCAGGCUCCUGUCACAAGACAGCCUACACCCGUGUGGCUAAGAACAGUGGAGGUUGGUUUAUAAGUCCACAUAAACCCAGUGUUUCAGAGGAAACCCCUCUGUUCACAUUCUCACAUGGUAGAGGCACAGAUAAAAUCCCUCGGGCCUCUUAUACAGGAGUACUAGCCCCAUUCAUGAGGGCUCCACCCCAUGACCUAAUCACCCCCAAAGCCUUCAACAUACGGACUCCCACAUGAAUUUGGGGACAGAAGUACCGGACCAUGAUACCCCAGCACCACACCCUCCUAACCUCAGGGUAGCUGUCACUGUUCUAGUCCCUUCUGUUUGGCCUUUUUUACCCCCAUGUCCUUGGGGUAAUGUUUGAUGUCUUUGUCCCUUUCAUGAAAAGAUGGGGAAACUGUGUUUGCCUUUGAUUUCUACUUCCCACAGGUUCUAAUGAAGUUGGUGGGGCCUGCUGGCCUGAGUUGUAUGUGAUUUAAUAAAACAAACAAACAACGCA